AAUUCUAUUUAAACUGAAUAUUUUUUAAAAACGAAAUCAGUCAGAACUUAAGAGUGAAAACAAAAUGAAUAGUUUUUCUAUUAUAUCAAUAUUAAUUUUUCUUACUAUUUGUGUCUUUAAAAGUGCAACCGGCUUAAAAUGGAUACCAAUAGAACAGGACCGUGAAUUAGUACUACCCGAUAAUAUAAUUUUGAUUGAUGACUCAGAGAGGAAAUGGGUUGGAAGAACAAAUGUAUCAGAUACAGAUGAAAUCUAUCCAGGUGAAAUACAUAGCAAUGGAGAAGUACAUUAUAAACCAUACCGGUUUUCACAACUUCAUAUAAAAUCUUACUCAGAGAUACUUACUACCUCCCCAUCGGACAAUUGCCAAUGGAAGCCCUAUUACUAUAGAAAUCACUAUUCGGAUAUUGAUCAUAAUGCUGUACGUGCUGGUGUCGAUUCCGAUGGCGAUCCAAUAUUUGUCGGAAGAACUUACGUUCGUGAUAAUGAGAAAUUUAUUAGCUCAAUUUAUUUGCCAAAUAGAAAGAUUACACAACGUUGGCAAGAACUUGAUGAAGAUGACCAUCCAUAUGAACAGUGGCAAUAUUUAAGCUGUGAUACUAAUAAGAGGUGGGUUGAUUUUGAAACAAAUCAUCUUCCAGAUAACGCAGUUAGUGGCGGUAAAACGAUUCAAAAUUAUGAAAUGUAUGUUGCUCGAUUGAAACUAUCCGAUGGUAAUUUUAUUACUGGGUAUGUGAUACCCGAGAUGGGAGCAGCAGUGUUCGAUGAUAACCUACGAAAGGAAAAGAGUGAUUCUGAUGAAUAUAAUAAUGAAUCCAACGAAACCAAUGAUCAAACUGGUGAUUCUGAUAUUGUUCAAAUCUUGCUUGGCGAUUCGAAUGAGUACGAAUGGAUUUUUGUUGCUGAUGGAAUGAUUCCGGAUAAUGCUGUUGUGAAUGGAAAACAGAAAUUGGAAUUAGCAUAUGUGGCAAGAAUUAAUAAAUCGAUACGACAUAUCACACAAACUGAGGCACGCGAACUAAAAUCACCUUUCGAUAUUUUGGUUAAAAAUGAUAUCAACUAUGAUACAAAUGAUAUCUAAUUCUUAUUGCAUACAUAAAAAAAAAACUAAAAACAAAACUUGGUGGACUAUUGCUCUUUAAGUUUAAAUUUCUGUAACAUUUUGUAAUUAUUGCCAUCCUUUUAUAUAGGCAGUGAAAUAAAAAAUAUACAAAAAUAAUAAUUACAAA